UAUGGCGUCUGCCCUUAGCCAAAAUGGCGCCAGCUCGGAAGUUGCCGAAGUUGACGAAGCAGGUCCGGAAGCUGCCGAGGGAGUCCGGAAGUUGCCGAAAGAGAGCAGCGGGGAAGGAGGAUGGCGGAUAUCAUCGCAAGACUCCGGGAGGACGGGAUCCAAAAGCGUGUGAUAGAGGAGGGCCGAGGAGAGCUCCCUGACUUUCAGGAUGGAACUAAGGCCACGUUCCACUACCGGACUCUGCGCGGUGACGCGGAGGGCACCGUGCUGGACGACAGCCGGGUGUGCGGCAAGCCCAUGGAGCUCAUCAUUGGCAAGAAGUUCAAGCUGCCCGUGUGGGAGACCAUUGUGCGCACCAUGCGGGAGGGCGAGACCUCUCAGUUCUGCUGCGACGUCAAGCACGUGGUCCUGUAUCCGCUGGUGGCCAAGAGUCUACGCAACAUUGCAGCUGGCAAAGACCCCCUGGAGGGCCAGCGGCACUGCUGCGGCAUCGCCCAGAUGCACGAGCACAAUUCCCUGGGCCACGCCGAUCUGGACGCCCUGCAGCAGAACCCCCAGCCUCUCAUCUUCGACAUCGAGAUGCUUAAGGUGGAGAACCCUGGCACGUACCAGCAGGACCCAUGGGCGAUGACGGAUGAGGAGAAGGCAAAGGCAGUGCCGGUCAUACACCAGGAGGGCAACCGGUUGUACCACGAGGGCCGUGUGAAGGAGGCUGCCGCCAAGUACUACGACGCCAUCGCCUGCCUCAAGAACCUUCAGAUGAAGGAACAGCCUGGGUCCCCUGACUGGAUCCAGCUGGAUCUGCAGAUCACACCACUGCUGCUCAACUACUGUCAGUGCAAGCUGGCGGCCCAGGAGUAUUACGAGGUGCUGGACCACUGCUCCUCCAUCCUCAACAAGUAUGAUGACAACGUCAAGGCCUACUUCAAGCGGGGCAAGGCGCACGCGGCAGUGUGGAAUGCCCAGGAGGCCCAGGCUGACUUUGCCAAGGUGCUGGAGCUGGACCCCGCCCUGGCGCCCAUCGUGAGCCGUGAGCUGCGGGCCCUCGAGGCAAGAAUCCGGCAGAAGGACGAGGAAGACAGGGCCCGCUUCCGGGGCAUCUUCUCCCACUGAUGGGGCCCUGCUGGCCCAGCCACCCUGCCCAGCUCACUGCUGCUGCUAGCAGCCCCCCCGCCCCCGCCGUAUCAUGCUUCUCUGUAUAUAAAGGCCUUAUUUAUCUCUC